CUGAAGCAAAUAUCACAGUAGUGUGUGAAAAGCGGCGCUGAUUGUCCUUCUACAGUUCUUUGGAUGCGCAAUGUACAUUAGUAGCUUUUGGAUGUAGUUAUUCUAUGAAUUAUUGUGUUAGGUAUCUUUUUUAUCCAUAAAAGGGUUAGCAAUCUCUUGAAUAGACGGUUAGACAGCUUUUAAUAGUCCAUCGGAGACCAUUGACUGAGUGAUCUGACAGCCAGGCCGGAUUGAAGCCAGCAGUAGCUGUCAGUGCACGAAUCAAAGUUCCUAGCUGGCUAACUAGCAUGUCCGGCUAGUGGGGUUGGUCAGCAAUCAGGACAGGUUUGCACGGAGAGACGGGUCACCAAAACCAGUGUGGACAGGACUCCGGUACACUGGUUGCGGCUACAGUCUGAAGCUGGACCAGAGGGACCCACCCAGACUCAGAAGUGGCUGACCUCAGCCCAAUUACAACCAGGACCAGGCACUGUGCUGGCUGGCUGGUCUCAGAACAGAGAAGGAAGCCCCUUAGGUGGUUGAUGUAAAGGGGGUUGUUGGAGGCUCUGUGGGCAUUCUACUGAAAUGUCAAUCAGAAGAGCAGAAGGGAUGUCCAUCGCCCAGGCCUUGGCCAUGACUGUGGCCGAGAUCCCCGUGUUUCUCUACUCCACCUUUGGGCAGUCCAUAUUCUCUCAGCUGAAGCUUUCUCCCAGUCUGAAGAAGGUGCUGUUCGCCACAGCUCUGGGGAGCGUAGCCCUGGCCCUCACCGCCCACCACAUGAAGAGACGCGGUAGGAAACGGAAACAGGCAACAGCUGCGAAAGAUGAGCAGAAGCAGGUGGGAAUACCAGAGGCGUUGAUCCGGUCAGGGAGACCGUCAUCUCUGAGGAGAGGUGGUCCAUUUCCCGGGCGACAGAUGAUGAGCCCCAGCACACGGAGCAACGAAACCAUGAGCGGCAUCUCUUCACUGGCUCCCAGCAAACACUCAAGCUCCUCCCACAGCAUAGCUUCUAUGCGAGUCCCGACUUCUCCGAACCAGUCGGCCAAUCCGUCGACUCCCUGGGAGGUAGAGCCUGUGGAGGAGGAGUCGGGAGCCAUGGGGGACGCAAACGCAGAGAACCUGUACAUCAUUGGCAUGGAGCUGUUUGAGGAGGCCCUUCAGAAGUGGGAGCAGGCCCUGAACAUCCGGCACCGCACCCACUCCAAUGCCUCCAAAUCCAGUACCAGCCUAGCCCUGGAGGGGGCAGUGGCCUGCCCCAACCUGCCCACGGUAUGCCACAGAACUAUCGCACUCUCAACAUCUGAGUCGCGUAACAAGGUCUUUGCCGAGAAGCUGGAGACCCUCCUGCACAGGGCCUACCACCUACAGGAGGACUUUGGCGCUACCAUUCCCCCAGAUAGCCUGCUAGCAGACUUUGAGAGUGAGGGAACACUCAUCCUGCCAAACUUGGAGAGUAGAAUGCGUGAAGACGACGCCACUACUAUCACUUCUGACGAUUCCUUCUUCUCAGCGGCAGAACUGUUUGACAACCUAUCUCUGGAGGUGUGUCAACCUCUGAGGCCUGCUGCUCUUUACGACGAGGCUGUGUCACUGGUCCAGGACGGCAGCGUGCCCUGUCGAGAGCUCCGAACUGAGCUGCUAGAAUGCUACGGCGACCAAGACUUCCUAGCCAAGCUCCACUGUGUGAGACAAGCCUUCCAGGUUUUGUUGCUGGACGAAACUCACCGGACGUUCUUCAUGGAGACCGGCAAGCAGAUGAUCACAGGACUCAUGACCAAGGCAAACAAGAGCCCCAAAGCCUUCCUGGAAACCUAUGAGGACAUGCUUCUCUACACCCAGAGAGAGGAGACCUGGCCAAUCAGCAGGAUGGAACUGGAGGGGCGAGGGGUGGUGGUUAUGAAUUUCUUUGACAUCGUGCUGGACUUCAUCCUGAUGGAUGCCUUUGAUGACCUGGAGAGCCCGCCCUCGUCCGUUGUGGCCGUGCUCAGGAACCGUUGGCUCUCUGACAGCUUCAAGGAGACGGCCCUGGCUACUGCGUGCUGGUCCGUUCUGAAGGCCAAGCGGCGUCUGUUGAUGGUUCCAGAUGGCUUCAUCUCCCACUUCUACGCCAUAUCAGAACAGGUCAGCCCCGUCCUGGCCUUUGGCUUCCUGGGGCCGCGACAGCACCUCAGUGAGGUGUGUACCAUCUUCAAGCAACAAAUAGUGCAGUACCUGAAAGACAUGUUUGACCAUGACAAGGUGCGCUUCACCUCGGCCCAGUCGUUAGCCGAGGACAUCGUGAGCCUGUCCCACCGCCGCAGUGACAUCCUGCUGGGCUACCUGGGCAUUGACAGCCUGCUGGAGCCCAAUGGAGCUCUACCCCAAGGAGACACAGAACCGGGCCCCAGCCCCUCCAACCACCACUGAGACAUGGGUAGUGUUCAUUAGGGAUGUUAUGAAAUGGGGAGGUACUAUAUGAAUUUGUCCAAUAAGAACAUUGAUUUUCAUUUUCAGUUAAAGUGGUUUGAUACUGUGUGGCAUAAUGAAUAUGGCCCUGUAUCUGACUUAGCUGGGCUGGAAUGGACUGGGUUGGCCAAAGCCGGACUUAACAGGCAAGAUUUAGGAGGGUUGUUAUUCACAUGCUUGAACUGCAGCAUCACCCAGUCAGUCUGUGGUACUACACCCUAAACAUAACAGCCACCAAUCGAACAGAACCCGGCUUGUAUUGGACCUUAGUGAAAGAGGGAUGUUUUUGUUCUAGCUCUCCCCUUACAUUUUAUCAUCUGAGUUGAAUCUGGAGUUGUAUAUCAGUCAAUACUAGUAAUCCCUUUUUCCCAAUGUGUGAUGAACCAACAACCAACCGGCAAGAACAUGUUUGUUGUGUCUAUGUAAUGGAUGUACUGUAAGUGUGUGUUCUGAGGCAGUGGAUCCGAACCGAUCCCCUCUUUAUUAUACCGACACCCUUGGCCAAUUUGAAGGCGUGCCCUGAGACGUGAUGUCAUAGUCUGCUGCAGGACUUGUUGCUUCCGUCUCCUCUAUCCAUUGAUUGAUCAUCCAUUUCAUUUAUCGUUUUUAUUCCAAUAGUGUUAGGUGCCAUAUUGAUUAAAAAAAGCACCUAUUUAUUCUA